AUGAAUCUAUUGCUACAACCUCCCAAGUCAAAGUCAACUUUAACAGUAUCAAAUCACCAUGCCAUCGAUACGCAUACCCGUCUGUCACCAGUCACUGAGCUUGCUGUAGAUACUUCAGUAAGCUCGAUACCGUCUCCAUUACCCACACCAUCACCUUCAUCUUCGACAUCGUCGUCUUCUUCCCCAUCCGCUUUACUAGCUGGACUUUUAAAUAGUCGCAGCAACCUAAACGCGUACAAGACUACGCCCUCCAUAUCUAUUUCUUCUUUACAUUCUUUAUCAUCUGAAAGUAUACUGCUGCUGGCCCAGUCUGUUACAUCAAAUUCCUCUACUUCAAUUCAACCUUCCAAGCAUACAAAUCAGUUCAUUUCAAGUUUUAUAGAUAGAUUGAGAUGCCCUGCGGAUAACAUCUACGUUAUAAAUUCAUUACCAGAUGCUAAAGAAUUAUUAGACUUCUAUUAUUCAUCGUCAAGAAAUAGACUACCAAAGGUUGAUGAGUUAUUUCCUUACUUGCAUGGGUUGAAUGGUAUCAAGCAAAAGAUUUUCUUCAAUCCUGAAUUAAAUAGUAAUCAGGAAAUAAACGAAAAGUUGGCUAGUACUUUAGAUUUGAAGGACUAUGAUGAAAAUCGUUUUAACAAAAACGAUGUAUGUCCACCAACCUUAAAUGAGCAUUUCCAUUUAUCGUUUAUUUCAUCGAAAGAAGUUAACCAGAGUUCGAGUGGAAAUGCUUUGAUAAAUUCAAUUUCAAUCCACGACUUGCUUACACCCAGAGAUACUGACCAGGAAGAAUGUUUUAUUGAGCAAAUUUCAUAUCAGCCAUUCGACUUUAUAAAUAAGAUUGACCCUAAGAAUAUGUAUGAACUCAACAAUCGUAAUUUCAAGUCCCAAGUGAAACUAACUGCACCAUUUGCCAACUUUUGCAUCUAUAAUCAGGAUAACGACUAUGGAACCAACUUGGCAGCAGCCAAAUUCAUAUCAAAGUCAAUUGAUGAUAAGAACUCAACCCAAUUAAUCUUUAUUUUAGAUUUGUCCGCAAGUGAUGUCGAAGGAUUAGGUUCAUACUUAGAAAAGAAUUCUGAGUUUUACAAGUCUGCAAUAUUAGAUAAUCCUAUGGAACUGCCAGAUGGUAUCGAUGAAAUUGCAACCUUCAGUUGUAAAUUGUUGAAAUGGGAACAGAACUUAAUUUGGAACUUGAAUUCUAUGAAAUGGUUGCAUCCAAAAAUUUGUUUAGGGACCUUGAUUGAUUUCAACAGGUUAACUAAUGUCGAAGGUGGAGUCAAAAACUCUCCCUUUAAGUUAUACAUUAAUUGUCACCAAAAUGCCCAAUUUCCAGAAUUGUCUCAAUUGAAUGAUAUUUUGCACUCACUUCUGGAACUGGAACUGGAUGGUUACGACUUGGAUGCCAUUUAUUUGGAAUUUCCUUGUUCUGGUUCAUUGUCCAUCUCGAAGAUCACCUUUGAAGAAACAUUAAGCUUCCUCAACGUGCUUAAAAUUAUCCAAAUCUAUGCAUUGAAAAACCACAGUACAUUUGUCUUUUGCUACGAUGGUUUUACUGGAUUAUCACUAUUGGCUAUGUCAAUAGCAUACUUAUUUAAAUUGGAUCCGGAUAAUGAAUUGACUACUGAGAAUGUUUUACUUGACUUACUUACUGAUUUGACCAAAGACUUAAGAUUAUACUUUUUUAAGAAUGAUUUGCUCUUUAUGAAGAACUUAGAAAAGUUUAUCGGUUGGGUACAUUUCGAAAAUAUCUAUAAGUCUAGAUAUUUGAAUAACUUUGAUGAAAUCGAUUACACGAGGAGCUUAGACUUUCACUCCAAGUUGGACUAUAGAUUAAUUUUGAAUUUGGAGCAUAAGAGCAUUUCAAAAUACAGUAAGUACGAGACCCGUAGGUUGAAUGCCUCGAAUGUUGACUGGUUUGACUUGAAUCAGGACAAUAACUUUCCUUCAAGAAUUUUGAAUACUUUAUAUCUUGGUUCCUUAAAACAUGCAUCAUCUAUCACAUUAUUAAAUGCUAUACAGGCUACAAGAAUUGUGUCAUUGGGUGAGAAGCCACUUUGGUUUAAGUAUCUUGACGAUUACCUUGUAUUUGAACAUGAGCUUUCUGAAGAAAAGGUUGGAAAUCGAAAGGUUAUCAGACCUCUAUACACUUACAAUUAUGCAAAGAUCUACGCCAUUGAAUUAAACUCCGGAGCUUCUUCAAUAGUGCUUUCCAAAAUCCCCAACUUGAAGAAAAUUGUUUACAUUUACAACUUGAAAGAUGACGGUAAGGAUUCACUUUUACCGUUACUCACGGAAGUUCCUGAAUACGUCAAGAAUGAGAUACUCAUUGAUACCUUCAAAGAAGAUGAGAAAACUUUAAUUCACUGUAGAAUUGGGGUGUCUCGUUCUGCAACUUUAGUGAUUGCAACUUUAAUGAAACACUACAAGUGGCUGUUAAUCCAAGCUUAUAUGUUCGUAAGAGUAAAGAGGUUCAACAUAAUAAUUCAACCAAAUUUGAAGAUAUUUUACGAGCUUUUCUUAUAUGAAGAGUACCUUAGAGGAAAUAAGGGAUCUAGGACGGUUUGCUGGGAGUACUUAUGCAACGAAAUACAUAAAUUAAAUAACCAUUACCUAUCGAAUUGCUCAUAG